UAAGUGCACGGUGCGGUAGUGCAAGUGUUUUGUUUUCACUUCCUUCCGACAGCAUAACGAAACGAAACGUGCGAGAUGUGAUUUCUCCCGGCAAAUCUCCGACUAACUACGCACGAAAAUCGCAUAAAAAGAGUAUAGGUUGAAGCAGAAUUUAACCCACCUGUCGUGAAGCGAAUUCUACUCGACACACCAACAUGAAGUCAUCGGUUGCGGCACUACCAUUCAUUCUGGGACUAUCGCUGCUGGGAGCCGGUGGCGCCUACCUGUACAUGGUGCUGAAAAAACGGCGUCCUUCUUCAGGCGAUGAUACGGUGGAUUUCGUCAGUAAAACGGUGGCCAAGCAGCAGGAGUCAUGCGCGGUGGAAUUGGUGAUAUCAAAUAAGCUCAUCCCCCUGGUAGUAGGGCGCAAGGGAUACACGCUAAAGCACAUUCAGCAAACCACUGGAACGAGUAUCAAUUUCAGCGAACGAGAUGAAUCUAGUCAGCUGUGUCGAAUCGAAGGACCCUCCCAAACGGCAGUUCAAAAGGCACAGGAGAUGGUUCAGAAGGAAACGGCAAGGCCCAUUACAAUAACGGAGGCAUUUGUAGUCCCUCAGGCAGCGUGCGGAAAACUACUGGGCCGUUGUGGGGAUGAGUUGCAGGAAAUCUGCCGUAAGUCGAUGGCCAAAGUAUGGCUCGAGGGCCGCGCUAGAAACGAUAGCGACCGGCGCGUUAUGAUAACUGGAACGCAAGCACAAAUUGAAGUUGCCAAGGAUCUCAUCUCGCAAAAGGUGAAGGAGGACAUCGAGUAUCGAAAUACCCAUCCGGAGGCUAACAGACAGGCACGUGAACCACGCAUACGGACUCCACCUUCAAGCUCGGCCCCGACACCGCCUCCGAACAUGACGGUCAUAGAAUCUACUCCAUCUCCGAAACCAUCUGGCGAAAAGCUAGGCAUACCAGCGUACGGUUCAGGCCAUAUGGAAGUGUAUGUGUCAGCGAUAGUGUCACCUAGUAAGUUCUUUGUACAGUUGGUGGGCCCACAGUCGGCCGAAUUAGACGCUUUGGUCGGCAAUAUGACGGAAUACUACAUCCAAAGCCAGAAUCGUGAGCUACACACACUACGCAAGUUUCACCUGGGCCAAAUCGUGGCGGCCGAAUUCAACGCCGACAACAAGUGGUAUCGCGCGGAAGUGUGCGCUGUCCUUCCCAACGAAUACAAACCCGGGGAGGUGGUCCUCGAUCUGUACUUUGUAGACUAUGGCGACAAUCAGUAUACGAAUACGAACGAAGUGUACGAACUACGACCAGACUUUUUGGCUUUGCGUUUCCAGGCCAUAGAGUGCUUCUUGGCGAGGGUGGAACCAUUCCACAUCCAGCCUGCACCAGCAGCAUCGACAGAAGCGACUGACGACGAGUGGGAUCCUGUUGCAGUCAGUCGAUUUGAGGAGCUAACCCAUGUGGCCCAGUGGAAAAAGAUAGUUUCAAAAAUCGUUACCUACCGGAACGGAAAGAGCGCCCUACCGGGACGAGAAACAUCUCCCAUUCCUGGCGUGGAACUGUUCGAUAUGGCACCGAACGGCACGGAUCAAAUCAACAUCGCACAGCAGCUAGUAAAGGAAGGCUUGGCGCGAGCAAGCGUAACGUCCGACGAGCUUACGAGAAGUCAACUGUUCCGAUUGGGACUAACGAAUGGAACCAGCGACACAGCCAGUUCCUCGCAAUCAUCGAGCGUCGAUAAGUUCGAUGGUGGAAGUACGUCCAGCAGUGCGUCUGCCUCGACCGUCAUAUCAAACGGCAUGCAGGUCAAUUUGAAACCGAACAUUGUCACGCAGGAUAAGCAAAGCAGCUCCAUCGAAUUCAGAAGUCUCGCAAACGGAACGUACUAAAAGUAACCAAGCUAAGGAAGCAUCCUGUACCACGAGCAUAAUGUAUUUUAUCGAGAGUGAUUUUUAGGAACAACGUGGCAAACACUUAUACCAUUACCUUUUCUUUUGCAAGAGCGAGGCAAUGAUGCAUUGCAUUUGUUUUACUUUUACUCGCGAAUAAACUUGCCUUGUUCCGAAUACUAGAUUCUAAAUAGGAUAUCCAUGUUAAACAGACAUCAAACUAUAUAUUUUUAACCUUGUUAUAGUAAGUUUUAAUAUUUUCCAACCCCAGACAUAUUAUGCAAAUAUCUGUAUGUAGCCGCAGAAUAAACAAAAGCGCAACCCAAGGGCAAUUGAUUAAAAGAAGUAAAAUUGUCUUGCACGUUGUAAUAAUAUUUAUGGUCAAACUGCAGUGUUAUACUCAUAUAGACUAAACUACGAGAUAACGUUGUAUGCUGAGGU